AGGAAAUAACGUAGCUAUAGAGUUCACUGAACGAAUGCAUCCAUUUUCUCUAGAUGGCAGUCCAACAAUCUCCAUACGAUUGGUAUGGGAUCGUCCCAUCUGAUGGGGGAAACACCUCGAUACCGAAGUUACUUUAAUAGCAGGUUAGGAUAAUUAACGUAGCAGGUUAUGUGACUUCGGUUGAGGUAAGCAAAAAAGUAUGAGUUAGAGUUUGCGAAAAUGCAUUCCAAUCUGCUACGAAAAGCACUUUCUAUCGAAGUGGUGUGAAGAGUGUGUCCUUUAGGGGGAACCUUUUCUGUCAGAUGGAAAGACGGACUGGAAAGGGUGUCGUACACCAACAUGGCGGCGCUCAUGGACACGAGAAUAUUGCUUCGAAAAAUUAAAGAUUUACGGUGCCUGACACCCCGACGGAAUCGCGUGAAAGCCAAAUGGGCUGGCUCUCAGCCCAAGUACCCUGCCACAAACCUGGCCCUACAGAACUUUGAUGCCACCUACAGCUUACAGCUGGGAGAGCAGUGGCCCUCUGUCCGCGUCAGCAUGCUUUGUGAGCAGAAGUACGGGGCCCUGGUAAACAAUUUCUCCACCACAGAAGGGGUCAUCGCAGACCUGCAGUCCCAAGGAUGUAGAGACUUUAUCUGCCAACCAGUUGGUGUAGGAGCUCUGGAGAGACUGCAGGCGCCUGGAUUUCCUCUCCACGAUAACCCUUCAACCCUCGAGUCUGUUGGUGUCAUUCAAGAUCUGGCUCCUCCUCGCCUCCGCACCAAUAUCAAGUGCUUUGUUUUCCCCGGGGGAGAUAUCUCCAGAUUCAAGCCUUCUAGACCCGACUUGUAUGGGAUGCUUGGGUACUACCUCAUGGAUGCGGCGUCCAUUUUGCCUGCCCUGGCCCUGGAUGUCCAGGAAGGACACUCUGUGCUGGACGUCUGUGCCGCCCCAGGGGGCAAGACCCUGGCCCUGCUCCAGACACAGGCCAUCCGAUUUCUGUGUGUCAAUGACAUCUCAGUGUCUCGUACCUACCGCCUCCAGCGGGUCCUCAACAGCUACGUACCGAAAGAGCUGUUGACAGAAGAAAGAAUGCGCAUUACUUCCUUUGACGGCAGGAAAUGGGGAGAAAUCGAAAGGGACACCUUUGACAGAGUCCUUGUUGAUGUUCCCUGCACCACAGACAGACACUCUGUCAUGGAGGAUGAGAACAACAUUUUCAAGAGGGCCAGGACAAAGGAGAGACAGAGGCUGCCCCAGCUGCAGACAGAACUCCUCCUUGCUGGUAUUGAAGCGGUUCGUCCGGGGGGACAGGUGCUCUACUCCACCUGCUCCCUAUCCCAGCUGCAGAACGAGUAUGUGGUGGAGCGGGCCAUGCACCUGGCCCGGGAGGAACACGGCAUCAGCCUACAAGUAGUCGACCUCCGACCCAUCACACGCCUCUUUAAGGACACUUUCCACUUCGCCCCCGACCCCCACUUGGGACAGCUGGUCCUUCCUCACCUCACCGCUAACUUUGGGCCCAUCUACAUGUGCAAGCUACAGAGGUUAAGCUAGAACUGAUGGACAUGAAUUGAAUUCCCUUCAAUACAACUUUAUUUAUCUCUUCAGGGGCAACCUGAUUUAAUCGGUCAUAACAUCCGACUUUCCGUAUUUAUGUAUUAAUGUGAAGCACCGCAAAUAAAUACAUUGAUUAAUGGACUAAACAAAUGUA